AUUCUUAAACUCUCUCACUUUCAACUCUCAAUAAAACCAGUUUGAAAAAUCUUUGUUAAUCUUUUGUAUCUUUAACUCUCUCUUUGUAAAGAUGGCGGAAACUUCUAGUAGAAAGCUGAUCGUUGAGGUCUGCAACGCCAAGAAUUUGAUGCCAAAAGACGGUCAAGGGACUGCAAGUGCUUACGUGAUUGUGGACUUCGAUGGGCAGAGACGAAGAACGAAGACUAAGUUCAGAGAUCUGAAUCCGCUGUGGGAUGAGAGACUUGAGUUUCUUGUCCACGAUACAGAGUCUAUGGCUGCAGAAAUGUUGGAGAUAAAUCUAUAUAACGAUAAGAAGACUGGCAAAAGAAGUACGUUUCUUGGGAAAGUAAAGAUUGCUGGUUCUUCUUUUGUAAAAACUGGAUCCGAGACUCUUGUAUACUAUCCGUUGGAAAAGCGAAGCGUGUUUUCGCAGAUUAAGGGACAGAUCGGGCUUAAAGUUUUCUACAUAGAUGAAGAUCCUCCGGCGCAGGCGGCGGAUGCAUCUGUAGAAGCGGCGGCACCUCAGACGGCGGAAGAGAAACCGCCGGAGGAAAAAAAAGAAGAGAAAGCUGAGGAGAAAAAGGAAGAGAAAGCCGAGGAGAAGAAAGAAGAAGAGAAACCUAAAGAAGAGAAGCCAGCGGAGGAGACUCCUAAACCUGCGGAGGUUCCUCCGCCGGAGGCUCCACCGGUGGAGGUAGAGAAUCCGCCGUUGGCUCAUAAUGAUAAACCGAGCAACACAAAAGAUAAAACGAUAGUAGAGACGGUAGCAAAAACACAAGAUCUUCGCCUUAAUGAUCGUGAGCUUCGGUCUCUUGCUAGCGAUCGGAGCCGCAGCGCUUACGAUCUUGUUGAUCGUAUGCCGUUUUUAUACGUACGUGUCGUGAAGGCUAAGCGAGCCAGCGCUGAAUCUAACGGUCCGUCGUACGCUAAGCUCGUGAUCGGUACUCACAGUAUUAAAACCAAGAACCAGACUGAUAAAGAUUGGGACCAAGUUUUUGCUUUUGAUAAAGAAGGUUUGAAUUCCAGUUCGUUGGAGGUUUCAGUCUGGACCGAAGAGAAGAAAGAAAACGAAGAGGCUGUUGAGAAUUGUUUGGGAACGGUGGCGUUUGAUUUGCAAGAGGUGCCAAAAAGAGUCCCACCAGAUAGUUCUUUAGCUCCACAGUGGUAUAGCUUAGAAUCGGAAAAGUCACCUGGAAAUGACGUCAUGCUCGCUGUUUGGAUCGGAACGCAGGCUGAUGAAGCCUUCCAAGAGGCUUGGCAGUCGGAUUCCGGUGGGUUGAUACCGGAGACCCGAGCCAAGGUAUACUUGUCUCCCAAACUUUGGUAUUUGAGACUAACGGUUAUCCAAACCCAGGAUUUGCAGCUUGGUUCGGGAUCCGAGCCUAAGGUUAGGAGUCCUGAGCUUUAUGUCAAAGGUCAACUCGGAGCUCAAGUUUUCAAAACGGGUCGAACGUCGGUUGGGUUGUCACCAUCCAGUUCAGCAAACCCGACUUGGAAUGAGGAUUUGGUUUUUGUAGCUGCUGAACCGUUUGAGCCGUUUCUAGUGGUGACAGUGGAGGAUGUUACAAAUUGGUGUGCGGUGGGCCAUGCAAAAAUACAAAUGUCAAGCAUCGAGCGGCGGAUUGAUGAUCGGGCAGAACCAAAAUCAAGAUGGUUCAAUUUGGUUUGUGAUGAGAACAAACCAUAUGCAGGAAGAAUACACGUGAAGGUAUGUCUGGAAGGUGGCUACCACGUGCUAGAUGAAGCAGCUCACGUGACUAGUGAUGUUCGAGCUGCCGCUAAACAACUAGCCAAGUCUCCAAUCGGUUUACUUGAGGUGGGGAUUCGUGGUGCCACCAAUUUGCUUCCAGUCAAGACUAAGGACGGUACACGUGGCACUAUUGAUGCUUAUGUUGUGGCUAAAUAUGGGCCCAAGUGGGUCCGUACUCGUACGAUCCUUGACCGAUUUAAUCCACGGUGGAAUGAGCAAUACACGUGGGAUGUCUAUGAUCCAUGUACAGUACUCACGAUCGGUGUGUUUGAUAAUGGAAGGUACAAGUGUGAUGAAUCAGGGAAACCAGGUCAGGAUAUUAGAGUUGGAAAAAUACGUGUACGGCUCUCAACGCUUGAUACAAAUCGUGUGUACUUAAAUUCGUAUUCUCUCACUGUACUGUUACCUGGUGGGGCCAAGAAAAUGGGAGAGAUCGAGAUAGCCGUUAGAUUUUCUUGCUCAUCAUGGAUAAGUGUGAUACAAGCGUACACUAGUCCAAUGCUACCAAGAAUGCACUAUCUGCGUCCACUGAGUCCACCCCAACAAGACAUUCUGCGCCACACGGCUAUGCGCAUAGUGACGGCUCGGCUAGCCAGGUCCGAGCCGCCAUUGGGACAAGAAGUUGUUCAGUACAUGAUAGAUUCAGACACACACGUGUGGAGUAUGAGGAGAAGCAAAGCUAAUUGGUUCCGGGUAGUAGGCUGUUUGACACGUGCGGCAACUCUGGCACGUUGGUUAGAUGGAAUCCGUACUUGGGUGCACCCUCCCACCACAAUUUUAGUGCACGUGCUACUUAUAGCAAUUGUGUUAUGUCCACAUCUAGUGCUCCCCACUGUAUUCAUGUACGCCUUUUUAAUCUUAGCGUUGCGAUUCCGUUUUCGCCAACGGGGCCCACUCAACAUGGACCCAAGGCUCUCUUACGUAGACGUGGUUGGCCCUGAUGAACUUGAUGAGGAAUUUGAUGGAUUCCCCACCGCACGAUCACCAGAUGUGGUCCGUAUCCGAUACGACCGGUUACGGGCCUUAGCGGGUCGAGCACAGACACUGUUAGGUGACGUGGCAGCACAGGGAGAACGUUUGGAGGCGUUGUUUAACUGGAGGGAUCCAAGAGCCACAGGGAUAUUUGUGGUAUUUUGCUUAAUCGCGUCAUUGGUUUUUUAUGUGGUGCCGUUUAAGGUGUUUGUUUUAGGAUGUGAGUUCUAUUACCUGCGCCACCCAAGGUUCCGAGACGACAUGCCGUCUGUUCCGAUGAAUUUUGUCCGGCGACUACCGUCGCUUUCCGAUCAAAUCCUGUAGAUUCACGGUUGCUUUGUGAACUGUUUUGGUGGAUGUUUCUGUUUGUCGUUUAAUAUAAUUAAUUAUUGUUUUAUUAUUUAA